AUGGAAGAAGACGAGGAACAACCUGAAGGACAGGCAGAAAUUGGGCCGGAAGAGCCUGAAAAUCCUGUAGCAGAUGAAAGAGCACGAGAAGUCAAGGCUUCUCUAGAGAAAAAAGAGCGAAAGAGAAUGGAGAGUUUGAUACUCGAAAGGGAGUAUUCGAAUAAAAGGAACAGCUAUUUCAAGACAUUAAAUGCCGACUUUCAAAACGACUUCUUCUGCCAAAAAGACAUUCGGGAACACACCGGAUGCAUCAACGCCGUGCAAUUUUCCAGUACAGAGAAGCUUUUGGCGACUGGUAAUCUGAAGUUAUUAGAAUACUCUUCUCAAGGGAAAAUUUCAGGUGGAGAUGACUUGCAUGCCAGAAUUUGGAACGUCGAUGAACUGAUGCUCCGCAAACAUCCUAGACCAAUUUCGAUUUCCGAAAAAGGUCACGAAUCGAACAUUUUUUCACUGGAGUUCGAUUUAGACAGUAGAUUCAUUUAUUCUGGAGAACGUUGGGGCUUAUUGUUCAAACACGAUAUCACUACAAAACAGCACAUUUACACGGCAAGAGGAAAUGAGCAUCAUGGAGAUGUGUACAGUAUUCAUCAUCAUCCCUUCGACAUCCAUCAGCUGGUAGUUGCACAAGCCAAGUCAAUCUCAUUUCUUGAUGAUCGAGACUACGAGAAUCCUAUACAAUUCGUUAACGGCGACGAGCAAGGAGAUUUUUACACUGCUGAAUUCCAUCCAGAGACGCCUGUCCUUGUUCUCAUCAAUUCAGAAGAUGGUGGUCCAAAGGUUUUCGAUCGCAGGAAUCCAGCAAGAGCCCUGUACGAAUCAAACAAGUUCACUGGAUUUUUUCGAGAUAAUGGGAUCGCGGACGUUGGAUUUAUGGGCGCCAAGUGGAGCCCGUCUGGAAAACAGUACAUGGCACUUCGCAGGAAACAAUGUCCGAUUUAUUUUGAUAUCGUCAGCCAACGAUGUUUAACCCUAGCUAGUGGAUCAUCCCCGCUAGUUUACCGCAACGCGAAAACCAUCAAAUCGAUGACUUUCAUUGAUGACUACACGGUUGCCACUGGAAGUGAUCUAUGGGGAAUCCACGUGUGGAAAGCUCCCCGAGCCGACGACGACGAAGGUUUUGUACUUAAAGAACGAGAAGGAGGCGGUCAAUAUCUCACUGUGGAGAAAGAAGUAAAAGUUCUUCGGGGACAUCGCUCGAUUCCGAAUCAAAUUCGGUUUUCGAGCCAAAAUCAACUUCUCGUCUCAUCUGGAGUAGAAAACUCGUUCAAGCUAUGGUCGCAUCGUCGUCUCCCCUGGUCCUAUGAUGUUCCGUUUGCACGAAGAAAACGUGGCGAGUACAGACACACACACGACGUUGAAUUGGGUCGAGAAAGGGAGAUGCGUAGAACGCUAGAAGACGAUCUGGAAGAAAGGAAUCUGAUGGAAGGUCGUGCUUGUUGGGAAGACGUUUUCGGUGGAAAUCCACAAACUAUGGAGAGUCGAGAGACGCUGGAAAUGUUCGAUGUUUUCGUAGAUGAUGAUGAUGAUGAUGUUGAUGAUGAGUCAUCUGAUGGCGAGGAUUUUGCAGCACGCGUUUUUCAGGAACUAGGAUUUCCAAGAGGAAGAUUGGAGUUUUUAGUUCAUCAAGGAGAGGAUGUUCUUGUUCGGGCAUUGAACGCACAAAAUGCUAUGAAUGACAGUGACUCGGACAGAGAAUAUGACGAUGACGAGAUCGAGGAGGAGAGACGAAGAAUGAGAAUCGAAGCGGCACGAAGACGAGUGAUUCCACCGUUACGCAGAGAUUGGUUCGAUCAUGAUUCGGAUUCUGAUCUUGAUGAAAAUGACCCUCUACAUCGAUUAUUCGAUCAUAUAAUGGAGCAUCAUCGACAUGAGAGUAGCGACGAAGAGGAUGACGAAGAAAUAGAAGGAGAUGAACCAGUUGUUGAAUAUCAAGCAGGAAGAGAAAAUGAUGAGGUGAUGGAAGAGGAGGAGCAAGAAGAAGAUGAGCAAUCCGAAGAAGAGUAUAGCGAUAGUGACGACGUGGCUGCGAAUAAUGACGUUGAUGACGUCGAUAUGGAUGACGAAGAGAAUUCAGAAAACGACUAG